AUGGCCACCUCCAUCACCUCCUCCAACCAUUACAAAAAGCUGCAUGAGAUCUUCCGCGGCCUUCUGGAAGACCUACGAGAAGUGCCUGAGUGGCUGCUGGGGACUACAGGAAGUGAAGAGAAGAAAAAGCUGGUCAGAGAUUUUGAUGAAAAGCAACAGGAAGAAAAUGAAUCGUUGACAGAAAUGGAGGAAGAACUACAGUAUGCACCCCUGACUUUCCAUAGUCCCAUGUUAUCUAAACUUCAAAACUACCAUAAGGACCUUGCUAAACUCCAUCAUGAGGUGAAAAGCACAUCUUUGACAAUCACACCUGGAGGCUGAGGAGAUGUGAAGUAUGUGUAUGCCUUAGAGAAUGAGCAUUUGAAUUGGCUACAGUCUCAAAGAGCAUUGCUUCUACAAGGCACAAAAUGUCUGAAACAGGCCACCCAAAGCAUUGAGCAUUCUCAUCAGAAUGCCACAAAUACUGACCAGAUUGGUACAGAAAUCAUAGAAGAGUUGGGGGGAAAACAAGAACAGUUGGAAUGUACCAAGAAUAUACUGAUAAACACAAACGAAAACUUGAGCAAAAGCCAAAAGAUUCUCUGCUCAAUGUCCAGAAAAGUGACAACCAACAAGCUUCUGCUUUCCAUUAUCAUCUUACUGGAGCUAGUCAUCCUGGUAGGUCUUGUGUACUACAAAUUCUUUCCACACUAUUGUACUUUCUGGAGGGAAAGGAUUGUGGACCAGAAUCUUGACUCUGAAUGA